CGACAAUCUCAAUUUUUGUUCACAUUAAAAUUUGAGUCAUUUUACAUUGAUGAUUGCACUUAUACUGUUUCUUCUCUCCCUUGAUUUUGUACAAAGAUGCUUCAGUUCCAUGAUAUAAACAAGAUAUUGGCUCUUGCCCCUUCAUCGUUGUCUUCAUUGGCUGAUCCUGAUACUCUCCAUAAAAUUAGCAAGCAAUAAACAUGAGAGAUUCCAAAUCUAGAGUUUCAUCCUAAGAACUGUGGCCUGGAAGCAGAUGAAUGGAACCAACCAACAGAAGGCAAUCAUCCUCUUAAAUGCCACUGCCGCCUUUAAGUUUGAUGCUGUUUUGCUGCCUUCUUAUCCCAUUCAUCUACUUGUAUAAUCUGAACUUUGUUUAUUGUUCCGCAACAUACACUUCCCGGCCUUUUUGAUAUGCCAACAAGAUAAAGAUUAGAAGGACUA